UGGGAUUGUUAUACUCUUUGUGCUCUUGACAGACUCCAGAAAGUCGAUGGAUUCUGGCAUCAGAGGAGAGAUUCACCACAAUAUGAGAUUCGUCUGUUUUCUGUUCAUCGUGGGCUUCUUUUAUAUGGCACCUUCCUUCUGUUACAGCCAGAUUGAUCCUCAGGCUCUUGGCCAAGCUGAUCCCCAGUGUUGGGAAUCCUCAUCUGCCAUUUUGUUGGAGAUGAGGAACCUACAUGUUUCUGACUCUGUUAGUAGCUUUUGGGACUUCAUGGUCUCCCUAAAGUCAUCAGAGAACUUGGAGCAUGGUGCCCUCUUCUGGGAUUUAGCGCAGCUCUUCUGGGAUAUCUAUGUGGAUUGUGUCCUUUCCAGAACACAUGGUCUGGGGAAAAGGCAGCUUGGUGAAGACCAAAAGCAAAUGGACAUAAGAAGUAAGUACGGCUAUUACUGUAUCUUCACCACACAUGGAUGGUAUGUCAAGAAUGAAGGGACGAUGCACAUAAAAGGUAUUGAAUUUUGUCAUGGCAAAACCCUGACAAACUUAAUGGUGACUUCUGGGGCAAAAUGGCUUUUCCAUAUGAGGAGGCAAUGUUGGAUGUUUGCAGACUGCACCUUCUCAGAAAUGCUGGGGACUCCUGUGAGAAAGAAAAAAGAACAGAACGUAAUAUGCAUCCAUGCGCACAACAGACAGCCUGCUUUGCUUACAAGGAUUACUGGACUCUUAGGAGUGAAGAAAAACGAAAUGUAG